CACACCCUUUUCCCUCCUCAUCCACAGCCCCUGCAGAUCAAAUCGGUUGUGGCCCCAGACCAUGUGAAGGGCUAUAUCUAUGUAGAGUCCUACAAGCAGACCCAUGUUAAGGCAGCCAUUGAGGGAAUGGGCAACCUGAGGAUGGGCUUCUGGAACCAGCAGAUGGUUCCUAUCAAAGAGAUGACGGAUGUUCUGAAGGUGGUCAAAGAAGUGACCAACUUGAAACCCAAGUCCUGGGUGAGACUGAAGAGAGGCUUGUACAGGGACGACAUCGCUCAGGUUGAUUAUGUGGAGCUGAGUCAAAACACCAUCUCUCUGAAGAUGAUCCCUCGAAUAGACCUGGAUAGAAUCAAGGCCAAAAUGAGUCUGAAAGACUGGUUCGCUAAGAAGAAGUACAAGAGACCUCCCCAGAGGCUCUUUGAUACGGAGAAGAUUAGGUAAGAACUAAACAAAAAGCCAAGCUUUAGUGGAUCAGUGGUUCCUCCAGACACUGGUCUUUGAACAGUGAAGGAAUGAGCUGGCUCUAAUGUUGGUCAGGCUCCUGGGACCGGGAGACAUAAGUGUUGUGGCGAUUGUUUUUUCAGAGAUUUGAAAACCUGAUAGAUCAGCGAUUACCAGGCCAAAACUAGCAUUUAGCUUAACCGGUGGUCGUGCCACUACAUCUGAAUGGUGCUUAAUAUGAAACCAAAUGUCUCAGCUGUUAGAUUUAUGCCUGGAUAAACAAAAAUUCUUACCAACCUGAAAGUUUUUUUUUCUCUAGUCCUCUGCAAUACACCUGCAAAAGUUUUAGGCAGGUGUAUAUAUUUGUAGUCUCCCCCUUUUGUCAGCUGAGCA